UGAAAAUGUCUCGGUGUACUUCACAGGAAGUGAGUGCUUGAUAGAGCUGAGCAGGCUAGCUGCAUGUUUCCAAGAACUGUUCUCAAGAUAUUUUGGUAACACACAUUCUCUCUCACCUCCCCCUUUCACUCGUCCCUGGUGCUGUGCUUUCUUCCUCUCACGGACACAUACGCAGUCAAUACAAACAGAAGCAAAUGAGGCAUGCUCGCUUCUUCUUCAGCAGGGGAAGGGAAGCAGGAGCUUAAAUCCAGCCGCCGCGUUCUCAGUCUAGGACUGGAGCCUGUGGUUCUGGGCAAGGAAUGAAGCCUGCUAGGAUGGAGAUGGAGGACACUUGAGCUCUCUCUCAGCCAGGGGAAGGAAAUGCCGGAGGGGUCUGAAAGUGGCCUUUCCUCAGAGGGGGCGGCGCCCGAAGGUCUGAUGUAAGGCAGCUAAGGAUGCUUCUUUCUUGGCCUCAUGGGCCAUGUGGGAGCCGGUCGGAGGGAGGGCCGGUGGAGCAGCGCAUGGAGGACCUGAGAGCCCUUCUCCCUCGCAGAGGCCGCCGGCGCCUCCCUUCGUCCCAGCUCGGUCCAGCCUGCCCACCCACUAUCGGGCCUUCCGCAACCACGAAUGGGAGGUAGUGGAGCGCUCUCUCAGCGUCCUGCAAGGCAGCGACUUCUACUGGGGCCCUUUGUCGGUGGGCGAGGCCCACGCCCGGCUCCAGAGGGAGCCCGUGGGCACCUACCUGCUGCGGGACAGUGCCCAGGGGGACUGCCUGUUCAGCCUGAGCGUCAAGAUGCCGUCGGGGCCGGUCAGCCUGCGCAUCGCCUUCCAGAAGGGCUACUUCUGGCUGAAGCAUUUGUUUUCUGACUGCGUCGUGAGGCUGCUCGACAUGGUGGUGGAGGCCACUCAGAGCGACUGCCUGUACUGUAAGGAAGGCCUCCCCUUGGUCUUCUCCACCCCCUUACGGAGGAGCCGAGGCUGCGCCCGCUGGCAGGAGUUAUGCCCACAAAGCUUGGACGCUUGCGGGGCGGCUGGCCCCAGGACAGAACACCGAGCAGAGGCUGCGGAGGGGGAGGAGGACGCCGUCGGCCCCUCUCAGCCUUGGCAGGAAGAGGACCAGCUGCCCCGCCACGACUCACCCUCCUCUCUGCCACCAGCCAAAGUGGGCUUCUGAGGCAGCUUCUCUUGACAGUUUCAGCUAUGCCCGGGGCCCCAGCCUCCGUGCUCCCCCCAUAGGGAUGGACUAAG